GGGUCUCCGCUUCUAUCAGACGCACAUCCAGAUCGUUUCCAUCAUGGCUUUCAUCAGCGAGUUUCUCAAGCAGACCAUGUAUCUGGGCGCGCCCGAAGCCGUUGGGUUUCAGGGAACGGUGUCGGCGUACCCUCAGUUUGACGCCAGCUCGGACGCAGCCGUUCUGGACAAAGCCAUCAAAACAAAAGGUGUGGACGAGGACACCAUCAUCCAGUCUCUGGUGAAGAGGAACAACGAGCAGCGCCAGCAGGUCAAAGCCGCUUAUCAGAAGGCCAGCGGAAAGCCUCUGGAUGCAGCUCUGAAGGCGGCUCUGAGUGGUGAGCUGGAGGAGGUGGUUUUGGGUAUGCUCAAGACUCCGGCGCAGUUUGAUGCCGAGCUGCUGAAAGGUGCCAUGAAGGGUUUGGGUACAGAUGAGGAAACCUUGGUGGAGAUCUUGGCCUCCAGGAGCAAUAAGGAAAUCAGAGACAUCAAGGUCGCCUACAAAGAGGCCUUCAAAAAGGACCUGGAGGCCGACAUCAAGUCCGACACGGGCGGAGACUUCAGGAACGGCCUUCUGUCCCUCUGCAAGGGCACCAGAAGCGAGGACAGGACCGUGCAGGAGGAUCAGGCAGACAGGGAUGCCAGGGCACUUUACGAGGCGGGAGAGAAGAGGAAAGGCACCGACUGUGCAGUUUUCAUCGACAUUUUGACCAACAGGAGCGCUCCUCACCUCCGCAAAGUCUUUGAAAUGUAUUCCAAGUACAGCAAGGUGGACGUGGCCAAAGCCAUCGACCUGGAACUCAAGGGAGACAUCGAGAACCUCCUGGUUGCCGUCGUCAAAUGCGCCGGAAGCAAACCCGCCUACUUUGCUGAAAAACUCAACCUUGCGAUGAAGGGCUCUGGGUACAAAGGGAAGAUCCUGACCCGCAUCAUGGUGAGCCGCUCGGAGGUCGACAUGGCGCUGAUCAAGCAGGAGUACAAGAAGAAAUAUGGAAAGACUCUGUACAAGGAUAUUCUGGACGACACCAAGGGCGACUACGAGAAGAUUCUUCUGGCCUUGUGCGGAAGCGACGAGUAAAACUGCUGCAAUUCUCAAGAAGUUGGAAAUAAAUCGAUCUUUACACUUUAUGCCAUGGAACACAUUGAAAGAAUGAAGCUAUGUAACCGAGACACAUACAAAUAUAAAUGUAUGAGUGCCUUAUCUGUGUGUCUGGUCUGUUUGCUUUCUUGCUUCAAGAAUAAAAACGGUUGUUGGAUUUGUA